GAUGCGCAGCGGAAGCCAGCAACAAGUGGGAGGCUGCAGCAGCGGCUGCCCCGUGGUGCGCUGCCGGCCGGCUGCCCUCCCGCGCUGGCACCCCUGUAACACGAAACUUGGCAUCGCCCCGCCAGCAGCACCAAAAAAAUAGGCAGAGACAACAGCUGGCUGUCAGCAGCAGAGCAGAGAGGAGCCGAGCGAGGAGCGAGACACGAGCCAGGAUGAGGGGAGAGAUGACGUGAAAGUUGAAGAGGAGAGGAGGAAAAACAAGAGGAGGAGAAGAGCUCGUGGCACGGCUGGGAAGUGAUUUAUUCAUCACCCUUUUGCUAUGCACAAGAAAUCCCAAAGCUGUGACACCCUUGGAACUGAACUCAGUUCCACUCAGAAGUGCAGUUGAGUGGAAAAACAUUUGCUUCCUCACAGCCUGCACCACUGACUUCAAACUUUGUCCCUGAAGAAGUUCAACCUAAGUUUUUCUUCUAGAGCCAAGAGCAGAAAACACAAAUCACAUCACCUCUGCCUGCACCGCCAUCUCUUGGAAUGGAAACAAAACUGGAAACCUGCUGACAGAAUCUCACAGCACUGUGCAAAGGGAAAAGGAGCCACUUCUGGAGCAGCUCAUUUGGGCGUAAAGCCUGGAGAGGUUGAGCCAGAAUGUCUUCUGAAGGCUUUCUGAAGGAAAUGCAAACCAUUGGUGAGAAGUUUCUCCUUAAGCUUCAGAAACUGCCCAAGGCUGACCCUGUGGAGAUCGUGUCCUUCUGUGUGGUUCUUCUGUUUAUCGUUACUGUUUUGCUGCUCAUGAUCAUUGCUUGCAGCUGCUGCUGCUACAGCUGCUGUAGCUGCGAUGGACGUCCUGACCACAGACGUAGGAAGAUCCAGGUCCGCCCGAGCGCCCAUCCAUGAAGCGCAUCAAGAGGUGACAACCUACUAUCAAGGACAUGCGUGGCCAUCAUGAUUCAGACCCACGGGAAUGACUCUGCUCUAGCUCACUGAAAAUGGCAAUAACAAUAUUAAUGAGUAUGACUCAGAGGACCAGAAAUCACAGCAUGGAAUUCAUUCUUUCUGUGAUGGCUACUGCUGGGCUCCGUGGUGUGACCAGAAAGGUAAUGCUGCUUUACCAUCACUGUCUUCCUCUUCAGGGUGGGCUGGGGGUGCAUGGACACACGCUGCUGACAAAAUAGACACACUUACCCAGUAACAGCCCUGCAGCUGGGCUGGCCAAGGAUUCCUUCUGUGAGCACUGAGCCACAGACCAAAGCAGAGAACGUGUAAGCUGCCACAUGGCUAGGCAGCACCUUCUCUCUUCACAAGUGGCUAAUCCAAAAGGAUGAUGUUGGGGGCCAGAAAAACCCUCUGACAUUGCUGGAAGGUCGACAUGCUUAGUACAUCUUGGAUCAGGCCCAAACCUGCUCUCUCUAAAGCCAAGUGCAAUAGACACAUUUAGCUGAGACGACUGCUGAAAACAACAAAUCAUGGACCUUCUGAUCUACAUGUACCACCUGAGGCUCUGCGUACAGCUGGUGACAAAUGUUCGCUCCUUUAUUUCAUUGGUGUUACGAUGAUGUGAAAUUGCCAAAGAGAAAAGUCAGAUCGUGUGCAAUACCCUUUGUAAACAGAAAGAUGAAGGCAAAAGAGAAAGAAUCACUGAUGUUACAGUUUAAUUUGAACAUUGUGCUGGUAAAUGUGCUCCCUCCCAGCCCCCAUGUGGUAGUCAGACCUUUCAUGAAUUCUGCAUAUUGCAGGCGAAUGGUCCUUACAGAGCAUGGGAGUUACAGGAGACGAACAAAUCCCCGUCCUCACUCGAGGGACCUGUGUGCCUGACUCCCUGCACUGUGUGCAGUUUAUUUUAGUGGACAUAAGCAGAAUGCCUAAGGUAUGUUUAUUAGCAUACUCAAAGGCAUUUCAGAGGAGUGACAUACAGUAUGGUAACCGUCACUUCAGGGUAUACAUGCAGCAGCUGACAGCUGGCAUUGCAACAAAGCACAGCCGAGAAUGGCCUGUACAGCUGAUGUUAACAAGUGAAAAUAAAUCCUUUCUCUGUGCUGCAGCCGCUGUGUAUGUUUGGUUUACACUGAGGUGAACUUCAAUAAGGGAUUCCUGUAAGUACAAGGCUAUGGUGCAGACCAUGACUUUCCUAACUGGGACAGACAAACAGACCAGCUUGCUGCACCUAGCUCUGCAAGCCACUGGGCUUUCUUUCAGCCCCAAAUGUAACAACAAUCACCUUUACUAGAAGGUAUAAAAAGUUCCAUGCUUAUAGAUGUCAUCUUCUACCCUUGUAUUCCAACUGCUACAUGUAGAUGAGUCAAAGGGAUUUGGGCACUGGGACAGGCUCCCCAGGGAAGCAGUCACAGCACUGAGCCUGACAGAGUUCAAGAAGCAUUGGGCAAUGCUCUCAGACACAUGGUCUGAUUUUUGGGUGGUCCUCUGCAGACCCAGGAGUUGGACUCGAUGAUCCUUGUGUGUCCCUUCCAAUUCGGGAUAUUCUGGGAUCACACACAUAUGCCAGAGCCAACAUCCAGCAAGAGAGAAAAGAAUCAAGUUUUUAACAGUGGGCUUCUUCACACUUCGGAAGGGACAACAAAAUGGAAACUUUGUAAAGAAACCUCUUUGCUGAUGCCUGCACCCAUUUUAGCAGAAUGCAUCAUUAACUCCUCAUGUAUUUAAUGCACUUUAUUUUUUUUUAAAUAAACUAAGUUUAGGUAUUUUGCAUUUUUUUGUACAGUUGCACAUUGAAAUAAAUUUGCAGGCAGCAACACAGAGAACAGCCUAAAAAUUAACAAAAAAAAUCCUCAAAUCACUAAUGUCACUUUUACACCAAGAAAAAAGAAAACAUUUGCAGCAGAAGAUGGAGACAUUCCUUAGAAAGUAUUUGAGCUCCAGCUUGGCAACUACUAAGAAAAUGAGGAGCGCACCAGUAUGAGCUGCUGCAUGCACAGCUACAGUAAGACUAACAAAGUGCUGGCCUUUAUUAUGCUGUCCCCAAAAUUUCACUUCCAGGAAAUAUGCUAGGGUAGGAUAAGCUCAAACAUGGCAUCCAUUUACUGUAAUCGACGUUCAGAAGUGCAUCACACUAACCUCUCUGUCAGAUACAUCUUUGCUCAUUUCACUUACAAACAAGUGACUGUCAAGGUGACGCAGGAAGCCUCAGACCCUCUCUUUUGCAGGAGACAGACAUUUCUAAGUUAAAUCACGAGACCUGUGAAAGAACAGAGCUUACUUUCUUUCCUAGCCUGUGCUAGACAGUGCCAGCUACAGGAAUUAACAGAAUCCCAUUGAGAAAUGCUUCAGCAGCAUGGAACCAGUCUGUGCUAACAGUCAGGAGGAAGCUCAGUGGGCUGGAAACGUACCAACAACUGACAGGUUGCUGUCACUAGGAACAAGCUGCCAAGCGUUAUCUCAACACAAAAAGCCACAAACAUGAGUUUCCCCAGUGGUGUUACAAGUUAAACCACUGACAGACACCAGGCAGGGGGACAGGGGAAAUGGCUCCUGCCUUAUCUCUGCCACUAUAAGUUCCUGAAUUAAGGCAGAGAAUAAAUGCAGUGCUGUUAAAAGGAAAGGGAAAAAAAAAAAAAAAAGAAGAGAGAAAAGGAGAGAAAAUUAAGCAAUUUUAUUAAGAAUGCAGGUGGCUUUCUGGAGCAGAGGAGCAGCCACCAAGGAGAAAAGUGGAUCCCUGGCCAAUUUCUGCAAACUUGCCCGCACCUCACAGGCCUAAUGUUCUGCUUAACGUUUCGUACCGUUGUAUUCCGUUGGACUGUUCAUAUACUUGGUGUUUAGGUAUGUGUUUGCCUGGGCUGGGUGGGUUCUGCCACUGCCUUGUAUGCAAGAGAUCAGGUUGGCUUGAAAUACUCACAAAAAAAAAACAGUUUACUGAAUUUUCUGUUGACUAGAAAAGUGCCUGUACACCACUCACACAAGUCUUCCUAGUUCGUUCCUACAAAUCUUUGUAGUUUUUUUUGUUUCACCUGUUACUUACUUACAGGGACCUGGCAUGCCCUGAGCUCAGGUGAGGAUGGAUCCUCUGUUUCAAAACUCACAGAGGAACACAGACCACAGAAAAACUGAAAACUGUUUCAAAACCAGUAACUUCUGUACACAUUUUAAAACCUUCAGUGAGCCUAGAAGGAUCUACAAGGGGAUAAAACUACUUCAGUCUUGAUGACACAAUUGUUGAAAAAGCUUUCCCUAAGAAACCCAGAGCAGACUGUGAGACCAGCCGCUCCAGCAGAAGCAUCUGAAGCUUUACUGACCACUUAAUGGAAUAGCUUUUAUUCUGUAACAUUAUCCCUGUUUCAAAGUGAUGUGCUUGGCUUGUGAAAAACAAGUUUCCUUCCACCCAUUCGCACGUAUCACGCUCUGCUCUUUCCCUCCCAUCUCUCUUCCCUCUGGUCUUCCUUAGUUGAGAAGGCAACAGGGAAUCUAUUUUAUUGCAGCUAACAGCACUGUGAGGCUCUGUAAUGAGUUCAUCCACCUGAGCUGUCAUGAUGAAGUUUGGACUGCAGGGCACUCUUCUUCACAGCCCCAUUUUACAAAUGGCAGUCUCCUAACUGAGCUUACAAUACCAAGCCAGCCAAUACCCAGGCAACACAGCCCUCUUCUCUCCACCACGACCUGCUGCCUUCUCCAGACAGAGGGCACAGCAGGCUGCUACAAGCACUGGAAUAAGUACACAAGUGGAUAAAGGCAUGGAGAGGAAGAAACACCCAAGUGACAUGUGAACAGGGUCUUUUUAACUAGGCUCAAGGCCUUUGAUUAGAUUAGCCACACCUUUGCAAGAAAGUCAGCUGUUAAUCAUUCACUGCAGUACAAACAGGCAACUUCCAGGAUAGGUCUACAAGACUGCAGGUGUAGUAGGGGGUCCUUCACUACAGGCUGAGAUCCCUUCAAGUAGGUGCAGAGGAGGUACCAGAAGGAACACCUACUGCAAACACUACAGCUUCAGCAGGGCAGAAGCCAGCAUGUCAUCUGCACAAGGGACAUCCUCAGUUCUGGAAGACCUAAAAAGACUGAUUUUAACAAGUGACUGGGCUCUUGGAGGGCUAGUGGUGAUUAGCACCUUCUGUCUUGUUUUUAUUGCUCUCCUCAUAUUUGCUGCCAUCUUUGGGUGCUGCUCAUCUCCAAGGCACAAGCGGAGUGGUGCAUAAACAGCAAAGCUGUGACACAGUACUGGGAGAUCUGCAGUUAAGCAAGAAUCAGCCCAACUGCAAUCUAAUUGUGUUGUUCGUGGAAGCUUUUUCAUCUUCUGUCCCUGGGUGGUUAUUUCUCCCCAUCCAGCUUUCCUGCAUCGAGGGCAAUAUAUGAAUGCCAGCAAGUUGUUCUGCAAGUCCACAGCAAACUCUGUACAUAAGGCAGUCUGUGUUCAGGAACUGAAUGAUGAUGCUGAUAUUUGGCUAGUCAUGUCUCUGCCUGAUUUUCAUCUCUCAAACAAAACCACAGACAGGAUAGAGUUGGCAAAUGGUCAACCACCACCUAAAACUGAUAAAGAUGUCUUCUACCACUGCAGUUACUUUUUUUAUUUGGCUAGUUGUGUUUUUUUUCCAUCUUGAAAAGGGACAUCAGGAAACUCUGACCAGCAAAAGCUUUGUCUGAACCCAUUCUCUAAAAAGCAGCUUAUGUAAUUGUUCUCCUGUCAUACUCAGACAGUAGCCUAAAUAUACUAUGCAAAAACUUGCUUAUCAGAAUACAAGUCUGUCUGUAUUUGUUCUCAUUUAGAACCUUGUAAGGUCAGAAUUUCAGGUUCAUUUUUACUGUUUGAAUAGUGAAAAGAACUGUAUUAAUUCAAAAUGCAAAAAAGAAAUGCAAUGUGUAGUAUUCUCCUGAAGAGCACCUUAAUCUCCUGCACAGUUACAAGCAGGGAAGCCGGUCAAUGGUGCUGCAAUGUGUGACCUUGGGUUGCAUAUCUUAUAUGUGUAUGUAUUAAGCUGGGGAAGGGAAGAAAACAGAUGGGAGAUAUGAUUUCUAAUUAGGUCAGCGAGCUUCCCUUACAGAAAUCUCUUAUGUAGCCAGUAAAGUUCUAUUUAUAUUGCUAUUCACCUAAGCAAAGGAGAGUGUUUUCUCUCUAGUGCUUCUGUAUUGCCUCACUACUGCAGCAGAACUGUUAAGAGAAGUUCCUCACUUAAAUAGCAGUCAAGUUCUUUACAGCAUACGUGAAGGGGGUGACGCUGUAACUGGGUGAUAUGGAUCCUACCUCAUGCCCUGACUAGGAAACCACCCUGGAAUGUUCUGUGACUGCUUUUGGCUUGUGCAAGGUUAGUUCAGCGAGUCCAGUACAGUUGUCAUGGCAUUGGUGGCCCUUUCAAGAAGCCACUGUCUGAACUAAUUCUGCGACCAACUGUAGGAGAA